AUGCAGGAACUAGAAGCUCGAGACUUUCAGUCCUACAAGUCGAGGUUCUGGAUGCGCUACGGAGACGACACCUUUGUCAUCUUACGCCGAGACGCAAAUGACAACUUUAAAAGGGAGUUGGACUCGAUCUUCCCACAAAUUCAAUUUACCAUGAAGGAAGAAAAUAACGGAGUGCCCCCUUUCCUCGACGUUCAGGUAACGAGGCAAGAAGACGGAACCCUCCAGACUGGUGUCUUUCGAAAUGCGACAAACACAGAGAAAAUUCUCUGCUACAAAAGCAACCACUCCCUGUCGCAUAAACGCAGCUGCGUCCGGGCGCUUUUUCACCGCAUCAACACACACUGCAGCCCAGAAUCCGAGAAGCUGCGGAAUCGUGAAACCCUAUGGCACCUCUUCCUUGCCAAUGGAUAUCCACCCAAUUAUGUGAACAAAUGCUUAUACCAAAGACAUACGAGUGCCGACCGUGAGAAUACGCAAAGACCUGAAAUCUUUCGCGUGCUGCCUUACGGGAGAAACGUCUCCGAAGCCACUGAGCGCCUGCUAAGGCCCCUAAGCGUGGGUGUUGGACACCGACCGGAGACCACCAUCCACCGCUUACUCAUGCAACCCAAGGGCCGGCUACCACCUGCAGACACGUCAGGCGUCAUUUACCGCGGCAAAUGUCUAGACAGUCUGGCCAACUACUGCGGCAUGACGGACACACGACUGCGCACACGCGUGCAUGAGCACCCCUCAGCGAUUCGAAUCGGUCUUCAUGCGGCUCCUUUUGCAUGGGUGACUCGAGCCUGA